AGGGAAGCACCUUAAACAUGGCACCAGAUCCGGCCAUUCAAGCCACAAUUGAUCUUCUUGCAGGAGCUGCAGGCGGAACGGCGUGUGUAUUAAGUGGACAGCCCUUUGAUACAGUCAAAGUGAAAAUGCAGACUUUCCCCAACCUGUACCGGGGGCUCAUAGACUGCGCUAAGAAGACAUAUCAUCAGGUUGGCUUCAGCGGCCUUUACAAAGGAACCAGCCCAGCUCUUCUGGCCAAUAUAGCAGAGAACUCUGUACUGUUCAUGAGCUACGGAUUCUGCCAAAGAGUCGUCAGGAGCGUCGCUGGCUUAGAGAAGAAUGCACCUCUAAGUGAUCUGCAGAGUGCUGCCGCUGGUUCAAUAGCUUCAGUUUUCGCUGCCUUGGUACUGUGUCCUACAGAACUGGUGAAGUGCAGACUCCAGGCCAUGCACGAGCUGCAGUUAUCUGGCAAGAUAGUGCAAGGGCAAAACACAGUGUGGUCAGUAAUGAAAGGAAUUGUCCACAGAAAGGGGCCCCUGGGCUUCUACCAGGGCCUGAUAAGUACAAUAUGCAGAGAAAUGCCAGGCUAUUUCUUUUUCUUUGGGGGCUAUGAACUGAGCAAGACAUUUUUUGCAUCAGGAGGAAAAUCCAAAGAAGAUUUAGGGCCAUUUGCUCUGAUGAUAAGCGGAGGUGUUGGCGGGAUUGCCUUGUGGCUGGCAGUUUUCCCUAUUGAUUGCGUUAAAUCCAGAAUCCAGGUCCUUUCUAUCACCGGAAAACAAGCUGGCUUCAUGGGAACAUUUUCAAGCAUUGUCAGGAAUGAAGGAAUGCUGGCAUUGUAUUCUGGGUUAAAGCCCACUUUGAUUCGUGCAUUCCCAGCCAAUGGGGUUUUGUUUUUGACCUACGAAUACAGCAGGAAAUUCAUGAUGAAGCAAAUGGAUCUGUGCUGAUGUCCAUUUCACCGUAUCUGCAGGUUUUAUACAUAAUCUCAGGGUUCUGAUACCAGACUGCGCACAAUGGAAAGGUCCUGAUAUUCUAGAAACUCAAUUCUACACCAGCAGAAUUCUAAAUACUAGACAGAAUGGCUAUGGUUUUAUACAGAGAUACAGAACAGAGCACUUGUGCUAGGGGGUGUAACUAGAAAGGAUUGGAUCUCGGUAUCUAAUACUUAGCUGCCCCUCCACAAUAUAUCAGAUAUGUAUAUUUACCAGUAGGAGUAUAUUUACUUCUCAAAGCAAUCUAGGGAAAUAUGGGAUAGGAAUAGGGCUGCCCUGCAUAUAAGAAAAGAUCAAGGAUUGAUAAAGGUCUUUACCUUAGAAAUUAUGGCCAGACAGGAUGGGCCGUUUGGUCUUUAUCAGCCAUAGUCUGUGUUUCUAAAUGACACAGGAGUCCCUGCCUUGACAGAAGCCAUUAAAGCAGAAGAGGGUUAGCUAGGUGAUUUUGGAUAGGAAUCCUUCUGCUUGCUUUACGUGACUUAGGUUUUAUAGGAUGUCCAGUAGAUAAUGAAGCUGGAUGCAAUGCUGGAGAUCAUUCCAUCAUAAGUAAUUAAAUGUACGGAAUACGGAUAUAACCCUACUGGUCCAAGAGAACAUAAUGUCUCUAGUCUAAGGUGAUACCUUUCAUUAAGCCAACACAGAAGAUCUAGUGUGACAUAAGCUUUCAUGACUCCAGAAU